AUGAGGUCAAGCCUAUUUAAAAUUGAGGAACUCUAAGCGAUGAAAUAUGAUGGACAGAUAGUCAGAGAAUUUAUCACAAAAAUUACCAAAUUACAGGACCCUUAGCAUUCAACUCUUAACAACUUUAUAUCUGCAAUUAACAAAGCAGUUGCUAUUAAAUGCUUAGAUUUAGAUGCUUAGUAAUGGAAAGAACUCUAAGACUAUAUAAUUACAAAAGAGAAUUAAUACAAGCAAAAUCCAAAAGAUCAAUCUGCAUUAAACAUUAAGCAAAUUUGUAUACUAUCAAAUGCAAUUACCAAGGCUCCCAAUUUAUCUUUAAUCUAAAAACCAAUCAUUUUAGCACUAUUUUAGCGUUUAAUGUAAGAGGAAUUCUAUUUGAAAAAAGUUAAUUAAAUUGACUUGGAGUAAAUGACAAGUUUCCUUACCUUUGUCGAAUAGAAUUUUAAAUAAUCUAUCGAUACUGACUAGUGCUGGAUGAAGAUAGAAAAAUUCAUUAUUAAUGAACUUAAAAACGAAGCUUUUCUACCAAGAAAUGUAUCUAAUAUUUGUAUGAGAUUCAGCUAAAACAAUAAAGGGACUAAAUAAUUCUGGUAAGCAAUGAAUUCUAAGUUUGAUGCAAUUGAUCCAAGGACAUCAAUAAUGGAUUUAUGUACUGUGCUUUUAUCAUUUAGCAAAGCAAAUUGGUUAAAUGAGAAAGCCUUCAUUGAAAUUGUCCUAAAAAAGUUUGAAUAUCAAUUUAUACUUAAUCCAGAGUAUAAAGUCUCGAUUAAAGAUAUAGCCCAACUUCUCACUACUGCUAAGCACUAAGACAUCUAAAAUGGUAGAUCACUUCUCGAAACUAAAUUUUGGGAACUAAUGAUAAAGCUUUUAAAGGAUUCAUUCUAAAAUGAUAAAGAUUAAAUGAAUAAGCAGACAUACAUGCUAAUCCUAAGUAGUAUUUGGAAAAAUAUUGAUAGAAAGGCUAAUGCAUUAUUGUACAAGCAUUUAGACUAAUAUUUAUACUAAAUUGUAGAGUAAAUGAAAUAGUUACUAGUCAAAGAUAUAUUCACAAUUUUGAAUGUAUACAAUAGCUUUGCUCCAGAUACUUUAAGUGCUGGUGUUAAAAUGAUUUUAGUUGAACUUCUAAGAGAGACAAUAAACAGUAAUUUGAAUAAUUUCCAACCUAUAGAUCUUUGUAAUGCUUUUGGCCUUUUACAAUUUAAAAAUGAGGAUUAAAAAUAUAUGACAAUUGUGAUUGACUAGAUUAUUGCAAAAUUUGAUUAAAUGAAAGAAAUCGACAUAUAAUAUAUCUUAAAUACAUACAAUAAGAUUGAGUAAUCAAGUAUUUCAAAUGCUGAACUUGAAUAAAAUUUUGAGAAGCUGGGUAAACUUUUAAGAGAUAGGAAUUGCCUUCUUAAUUUGAAAACAAGUAGCGAUUGA